CGUCCCGAAUCCUCACCUUCCACUUUCUAAGCCCGGUUUUCGAUCAAACAUACUCUGCAAGACUGCAGUGCUGACGCUUUCAAGUUGCUCCCGUCCGAAAGCGCCGAUAAGCGCUUCCUUUAGUACUCCAGUCGAUUGCAACCCGAAGCUGCCAUUCUUCUGGCUCACAAUCAACUCACAAUCUCAGGGCACUGUACCGUGGGUUUACAUCCUGACGGCGCAUUACAUCCGGAACAUGUCCAUUGACCUGUCGCUCGAGCGGAUCCGCAAACUGCAGGCGCAGCUACCCGCCUAUACUCGUCCUACCUGCCACAUCACGGGCACGAAUGGGAAGGGGAGUGUAUCCGCUUUCCUUUCGUCUAUUUUCCGCGCGGCCGCGCCUACUGCACAGUUCAACGUAGGGCGUUUCAAUAGCCCGCACCUUAUCUCUGUCAAUGACUCGAUCACCUUCAACGAUGUGCCAGUGUCUAUGGAUGCGUAUAGUGCUGCUCGCGCUCGCGUUACCCAGGCAGACCACAAGAACGGAAUAGGCGCAAGCAACUUCGAGUUGCUGACUUGCACAGCUCUGAAUCUCUUCGAGACCGCUGGAGUUGAUGUUGUCGUACUCGAAGUAGGAAUGGGCGGGCGACUCGACGCAACCAACAUCGUUCCUGACGACACAGUACUAGCGUCAGCAAUGACGGCUGUCGAUCUCGACCAUCAGGCAUUUCUGGGCGGUACGGUCGCUGCCAUAGCCCGUGAAAAGGCCGCUAUCGCCAGAGUCGGGCGUCCGUUCGUCCUCGGACAACAGACUCAUUUUGAAGUGGAGACCGCCGCACGGGAAGUAGUAGGGCAGGCUGGAGGAGAGCUGCUCACAGCACCGAUUGUCAGCAAGCGCGAGUGGCACAAGGACCUGGAUGGUCCGCGUCCAUCUGCCAACCAGAUCCCCCCUCCUCCUAUCCCUGUCGAAGCCGAAUUCCCCUGCUUUGAUAGUCCGAUACGUGCACUGCUACCCUUGCAGGGUGAGCACCAACUGGCAAACUUGGGUGUUGCUCUCGGUGUCAUCUCUGCCAUCCGAACGCAGAGGACCGCCCGUCUGCCCUGGGUCGACCGGAUUACACCGGAAGUGAUAGCGCGGGGGAUACAGAACACACAGUGGCCUGGUCGGCUGUCCUGGCACCGUGUUCCUGGGCUAGCAGCGCCUGUGUUGGUGGACGGCGCACACAAUCCCGCCUCAGCGCGUACCCUGUCGGCGUACAUCAAAUCGGUCUCACACGACCAGCGGCCUCUUGCACUCACGUAUAUCCUGGCCCUUUCGUCUUCCCCUCCCAAGACACCAGAUCAGACUCUCGCGCCCCUAAUGUCUGUUCCCGCCGACAUCGCAGUUGCACCACUUCCCUUCUCACCUCCUGAAGGAAUGCCCUGGGUUCGGCAUGAACCUCGCGGAGCGUUGGUUGGCGCCAUCGGCAGGCUAGCCCCCAAUGCGGCGAUCUGGGGCGGUGUCGGCGACGAUGAAAAUCAAGACGAGAUCGCGCAACUUCGUUCGGCCUUGGACUGGGCGGCGCGCAGGCAAGCGGAGAAAGGUGGCUUGAUCGUCGUCGCCGGCAGCCUAUAUCUUGUCGCAGACUUCUAUCGACUGCUCACAGUGCUCAGACAAAGGGGUGAUCAAGGGACGACGGGAGAUGUUUAGAUCGUUAAUUUGUAUAGAGCGGCCGUAAUACAGUUAUCGCUUACACCGCACUAUCAUGCACGACC